GUUUUAAUCUGUUGUUUUUUAAUUCGUAUCGAGACUAUUCCCGAGGAUCUGGAGGAGGAAGAUGAGCCUGCGCUGGCCUGAGGAGGCUGUGCUGCGGGGGAGCGGGUUUCCUGCUGCGUUUCCUGUGUUUGUAAACUAGACGGAGCUGAAACGACGCGGCGGGCGCAGCAAAGUUUUAAUGCUAGAUGAGUGAGGUGGGUGUGGCUUCCCACCAGCCCGACCAUCCUGACUGACGGAUCUCUGGAUGACCUUGUCCCCACCCCUGUCCCUGCGAUCACAUAUACCACAGCAAUGUCACAUCUGCCCAGCAGCUCAGUCCGCGACCAUAUGAAAUGGGCGGGGCUGCUUGGCUGUGAAGCUGUCCUCUCCAGUAUGGCUUUGAUGCAGGCCAGUUCGAUGGCCGCUCCACCCAAAAAAAUGAUGGCUCCACUUGGCCAUGCACCGCCUCAGAGAGAGGGACCUGACCGUGCUCCCCAGGGCCAUAUGAUUCUCCCAUCGGGAAUGAGCUGUCCACCACUGCUUAUCCGGAAGGAAGGUGAAUUCCAAGCUCCUCGCUUACUGGAUGAGAAAGAGAUGAGGGCCAACGAGGACAUGCAGCAGAAAAAAAAGAACAGGAAAUCAGUAACACCCUGUAAAGUGAGAGAACAAGAGGGAAGGGGAGGGAAGGGUACAGGUGGCGAUGAGAAUGGUCCAGCAUCCAAAGUGCAGAAAAAUUUUAUCUGCGACCACUGUUAUGGAGCGUUUAGGAGUGGAUACCACCUGAAGAGACAUAUCCUCAUUCAUACAGGGGAGAAGCCGUAUGCUUGUGCCGUAUGUGACAUGAGGUUUAUUCAGCGUUACCACCUGGAGAGACACAGCCUCAUUCACACGGGAGUGAAGCCGUACGCUUGUACCAUGUGUGACAUGAGGUUUUUCCAGCGUUACCACCUGGAGAGACACAGACUCACACAUACGGGGGUGAAGCCAUACGCUUGCUCCAUGUGUGACAUGAGGUUCUUCCAACGUUACCAUCUGGCAAGACACACCCUCACACAUACUGGGGUGAAGCCAUACGCUUGCUCCAUGUGUGAUAUGAGAUUUUUUCAGCGCUACCACUUGGCAAGACACAGCCUCACCCACACGGGGGUGAAGCCAUAUGCUUGCUCAAUGUGUGACAUGAGAUUUUUCCAGAGAUACCACCUGGCAAGACACACGCUCACCCAUACGGGGGUGAAGCCAUACGCUUGCUCCAUGUGUGACAUGAGGUUCUUCCAGCGUUACCAUUUGGCAAGACACACCCUCACACAUACUGGGGUGAAGCCUUAUGCUUGCACUAUGUGUGACAUGAGGUUUAUUCAACGUUACCAACUGGAGAGACACAGUCUAACUCAUACAGGGGUGAAGCCGUACGCUUGCACCAUGUGUGACAAGAGGUUUUUUCAGCGCUACCACCUGGCGAGACACAGCCUCACUCAUAUGGGUGUGAAACCUUUUGCUUGCACCAUGUGUGACAUGAAGUUUUUUCAACGUUACCACCUGGCGAGACACAGCCUCACUCAUACGGGUGUGAAACCUUAUGCUUGCACCAUGUGUGACAAGAGGUUUUUUCAGCGCUACCACCUGGCGAGACACAGCCUCACUCAUAUGGGUGUGAAACCUUUUGCUUGUACCAUGUGUGACAUGAGGUUUGUUCAGCGUUACCACCUGGCGAGACACAGCCUCACUCAUACGGGUGUGAAACCUUAUGCUUGCACCAUGUGUGACAAGAGGUUUUUUCAGCGCUACCACCUGGCGAGACACAGCCUCACUCAUAUGGGUGUGAAACCUUUUGCUUGUACCAUGUGUGACAUGAGGUUUGUUCAGCGUUACCACCUGACGAGACACAGCCUCACUCAUACGGGGGUGAAGCCGUAUGCUUGUUCCAUGUGUGACAUGAGGUUUAUUCAGCGUAACCACCUGGAGAGACACAGCCUCACUCAUACGGGAGAGAAGCCAUUUGCAUGUGACAUGUGUGAUAUGAGGUUUAUUCAGCGCUACCACCUUGAGAGACACAAGCGUGUCCAUAGUGGGGAGAAGCCUUAUCAGUGUGAACGGUGCCAGCAGAACUUCUCACGCACAGACCGGCUGUUGCGACAUCGGCGAUUGUGCCAGGGUCGUGGCGUUGCCAAAGUAGAGAACCAGCCAUGCUGCGAACCGCGCCCGUAUCCACAAGAACCGCCACCCGCACCCCCAACCUGGAGCCCUUUGCACCCUCCUCCAGGGCGGUUGGCAGUCUGACAUUCCUCCUUCCUCACAUCUGCAGCACCACCAGAGAUGGGAAAAGCCACAGGGUUUCCUCCUUUCAACUCUGUGCAGAGUGGAGCCACAUUCUAGCACAGGCUGACCUGACAGCGCCAGUCUUGGGAUAAAUAACGGCAACAGACAUUUGUGUUUUUGUUCUUGUUCAUUUUACUGUGUUCCCCUUUUCCCCUUUCUUUUUUUUAAUGACAAAACUUUUCUGUGAUGAACAGUGGUCCUGUUUUGUACUAAAUCUAAUAGAUUUUUUUUCCUUUCCAAAAAAAAAACAGUUUUUAUUGCUCAAAAACAAAAAAAAAAAGAAAAUAAUCUGCAUUUGGUGGUACUCGUGAAGGGCACUGGGUUUUGUUUGUUCUAAUGGCCCAAUUUGACUCAAAAGAAAUGUCACUCAGGUCAAAACUGAUAAAACUGAACCUCCCCUCCAUGUAAAGCGUGGAAACCUCUCUGAUUAUCAUGUGCCGUGCAGAGUUCAGUUUCUAUUAAAUGUUAACAGAUUGUUAAUCAUCAAGACAUUUCACUAAAAGUAUUAUCUGGGUUUAUAUACUAGACUCUGAGAGGAAGGUCCAGUUUUUAUGAUUCCUUUGUGUAAAUAAUUGAAAAUGUGUAUUAUUCAGUAUGGGCUUGAGUGGUGUUUCUUUUUCCCGUGCACAAAAUGGGCCAAAAAGAAGCUUGAAUGGAGUUUGGUUCAAAUGCAGUCUGUUACCAAUGUUGCAGUUGAGUCCUGAGCAAACCCAAGUAAAAACGAGUUUAAAAAAAGAAACAGAAACAUUAAUCAAAUGAUUUUUCUCUUGUUAGGGACAGCAGCCUGAGCAACUGCUCCUUCCACAGUCAAACAUUAUGUGCUACUGUCAAUUCAUCUCUCUCUUUCUGUGUGUGUGUGUGUGUGUGUGUGUGUGUGUGUGUGUGUGUGUGUGUGUGUGUGUGUGUGUGUGUGUGUGUGUGUGUGUGUGUGUGUGUGUGUGUGUGUGUGUGUGUGUGUGUGUGUGUGUGUGUGUGUGUGUGUGUGUGUGUGUGUGUGUGUGUGUGUGUGUGUGUGUGUGUGUGUGUGUGUGUGUGUGUGUUCUCCUCUUAGAGCUUCUGAGGGGAAACGAGGAUGCCGGUUGGCCACCUGUAGUCCCACUAUGUUUGUACAGAUCGUCACAUUGUGAGAUUAACAUCGGUAUACAAAAUCUUGUGGCCUUAGUACGGUUCUUUUUUUUUAUUUCCCUGUUGCCUUUUUUAUUUCUUUUCAGUUUUCUCAUUGUGGGUCAUAUGCAUUUACCAGACUUUAAUCAUCUUGUUUUUUUUAAAUCCUAAAGUUCAUGGUUACUGAGUAUGAGUUCAGUGGCGCUAACACAGACUAAUGUGUUCUUCUGUUGAGAGGUCAUCUUUGUAAUGAAAAUGAGUAUUUUAGGUCAUUGUUACUGCUAACAUUGUAACACGGUAUGUAAUCCUGAAGGAGUUCCCGGGGAGUUUUGACAGUUGUCGUGAGAAAAGUCGGUAGUGCUAAAUGGUUUCCCAUUGCAGUGCUUUGGCCAUAGCGGAGCCGACUCCUGCGUGACUCUGCUGUACACAAAAAAUGCCUUUUCAUCCAGAUAUUAUGUGGUUUCUGUAUAAAAAUGGAUGUCUUUCAUGUCAUUGGGUUUAGCCUUAAGUUAGUUUCAGAUGCACAGGUUAUUAAUGUACUAAAUGACGUAACGCUGGGUUACUUUUGACUUGAGAUGAAUUUAUUUCAUGUGGAAGUGUUUUUGUUUUUUUGUUUUUUUUUUUGGGUUAAUUCGGCAGACAAACGGCUGAUGAGAGCCAAUUUGUCGUAUGUUGAUUUUCUCAAACUUGGUCCUCUGUUACUGAUGAACUCGUGAUCACGUCUUUGUGUUGGGUAACCCUGAAGUGGGAGUGCAAAGCAAGAACAGUCUGUGGGGAAUUAGAGUUUCAAGCCUUUGACAAAUUGUGGAGAUGGAGUCCCACAGGGCAUUUUCUGAUCUCUGAAAUAUGUCAAUAACAAACGGUCACAUACAUCACAGAUGAGUGGCAGAAUACUGACUAAAGUGACAUUUUACCAAAAGUAGUACUGGGAAGUAAUCUUUAAAAUCGUCAGAUCAGGUCAAAGGAAAGUUGUAUAAUGGCUGAAGUGUACACAAAGAAGGGAUAGAGGUUUCAUUUAUUUUAUUUUCUAAUGGAGUGAAGUUAAACUUUGUUGGCAGCAGUUGGGCCAAGUUUGAGAAAUUCAAUUUUUUGGUUUCCAAAACACUAUUCCCCAUCUGUGGAAGGGACACUGCUGGUGUGAGCACAUGCUGAAAAGGGCAAUACAGUAUAUAGUUUUUGUCACUUGUUAAUACAUUUGUCAUUUAUUGUUUCUAGUAUCAUUUUCAUUGUUAAAUGUAAUAGAAUCAUUUGUUGUAAGAUUGAGUUUUAAUUUUGUUUCCAGGCGGAUCAAAGGAAGGAUUUGUCUGAGAGUUUCUCAUUUUGAUGAUUGUUUUAAGGACCUUUUUUAUUCUGAUGAAAUUGUACACUGGAGUGAAAGGAAAAAAGACAAAAAAGAGAUUUGGAUAUUUUUUUUUUCCCUUCAAUCUGUUUAGAUUUUAGACAAAGCCUUUUUCUCCUCAACUGGACACAAGGUGGACAGAACAAUUUGGAUCAGUACACUUGGGAGCCCAGUAUGUUCUGUAAAUUUGACAUUAGAGGAUGUAGUACCACAAGAAAUUGUUUUCUUUCUUAUACAAAAUCCCUGGUAUUUGUAGUAAAUUAUAUUGAUAACGGUAUUAGAUGAACAACAGCAUAACAGUAGCUAUCACAGAUUAGUUGUUUUCUUUAUUAGUCUUGCAUGCAGAGUUAUGGUCCUCAGUUAAGAUAGGAUCUUGAUAUUGAUUAUUUUAUGUAGGAAAAAUGAGUGCAUAAGUACUUCCUAAAAAUGUUACACUGAUUAUUGUAAAAUGGGCUAACUAAUAUGUACCCUCGUGAUCCAAUUAGUUUCAGCUAUAUGAAAAACAGAGGAGAGGCUUCUUACUAUUAUGCUAAAAUAAAGAAUUUGUAAAGGA